UGACAUCAUCAGUCACGCAGCCCUCUGGGGCGUGCAUUCUGUGACCGGCUGUCAGAGUGAUUGGUGCUUCCGUCUGGACAAGAACCCAGUACUUACAGCUUAAAUCGGCGGCUCACGACUGGUCAGUUCACUGGGUUGCAUCCUCCAACAUGAUAACUGCUGUGGUCUGAUGGCCGAGAUAAUCCUCAAGGACACUCCAUUGCAAGUGGUAAACAAACGAGUUGCGCUGUACGUGGAGGAUAUGAAGAAUGGAUCCAUACAUCCAUUAGACCCAUGCAGGUCUCCUUUUGGACACCUGUGAUAAGCUGUGUUCAUACUUCUUGUGUCACGCGGUCGCCAUGAUCAGCACAGAGAAUAUGCCACCAAGGACACCCGUGCCCCAGCGAGGACGAGGGCGUUUGGAGCAUGUUGGGGAGCAAGUGGCGAGUUGCCCACUGGGGCAGAUCUUAAUCCGGGGCGCCGACCGGCUUCUGUGGACGGUGGAGGCGUCUGUGCAGUGGUUCGUGGAAUCCAAGGAACCUGAGAAGAAUGAUUCACCUCCCGAAACCAGCCCACGGCCCGACUUAGUGCGUCCUCUCCCGUGGAUCUUGUUCCUGCCGCUUCUGGUCUGUUUGCGACUGGUCAAGACUGCUGCCGAACUGGUAGCGUCUCUCAGGGGCAGGGAACCGCCACGCCCUCUGCAGGUGGUGCGCUAUCUCCGGGUACGGCGCAGGCGUCUGCGCGCUGUUAAGUACCACGGCCUUAGGAACUUCGAGAGUUGGCAGCGAGUGGAGAGGAAUAGACAGGCUGAAGGCGAAAGCUUGGUGCUGAAAGUGUUUUCUGUGGGUCCGCUGGCCAAGCUGGCCACAUUCACAGGUCUUGAUCGUGUCUUCUCGUUUUUGCGAGGCGCAGCGCCAAUCCAGCCAGGAAAGAGAAAGACAGGAGUGGAAGAUGAUGAAUCCUCUGAUGACAAUGAAGAUCUGUUAGAAAAGAUAAAACGCAUAUGCCAUAACUACACAAGUGAUGAGGACCCAGACUACGAGCCCCGUGAGGAAGAGGAUCAGUCGGAUAAUUCAGUGUCAAGUGAAGAGAAUGAGACUGAUGAUGAAACACAGCAUCAGGCGACAGUAGUUAUAGAGACCAUCCCCAACACUGUGGAUCAAAAAUCAAAUGAGCUGGCUACAUCAGCCUCUCAAGAUGAAAACCCAAGUGCCACAGUGGUCACCACCAUUGCUGCCAAUCAUCAGACUGCAGUGGCAACCUCUGAUAUUGCAUUUCAGCGGGAGAAACCAGAAACUCCAGAUUCAGACACGCAGACAGUAAUAGGCACAAGUCCAGAAGAUGUAGCAGCUGAUGAUGACAGUGUAAAGUGCCAGCGUGAGGAGCUAGAUGACAGCUCAUUAUCUCUGGAUUCUACAGAAGCAUGUUCUGAAAGCACAUCACAGACCUUCUACAGUCCCAUCAACAGCUCCUGUGUCACACCAGAACCAAAGUCUUCUGGACCUGUAACAUCCAUCAUGGCACAGGAAUUGCAGACUCCUGAAUCUGCUGAGGUAUUACCAAAGCCUCCAGAAGGUGAACCUGAAGUAAGCCCUUCGGAGCUGUCAGACAACUUAGUGCCAUUGCCAACCCUCACAAAAAGUAGUGGUGGCUCCAAUGUAUCAGGAGCAGUCUCAUCUUCGAAAGAUGUGAAUGAAGAUGUGAAAGGAAAAAGUAAAUUUUCAGAUUUCUUCAAGAAGAAAUCUCAGUCUCAUAAGAGCUGAGGUAAUGGAAUUACAAUUGAUGUAUAUAUUGUAGAUUAGGUAUUCUUUAGUGUUCGCUGCUGUUUUAUGAAAUUUGUGUCAUUAAUUUUAAGGUAAUAAUAAUUUGCAUGUAUCAUAAUUUUAUGUUUGUGUUCCUGUAGACUUUUGCAUAAUUACUAUGAAUAAAGGCAAUCAAAUCCUGUGAAUAA